AUGACUGCUCGAGACCAGCUGACGCAGUGUGCGUAUCCUGUAACGCCUGCGCACUUGAGCACUUUCAAACAGCACCAUCAACAGACGGAGGCACAAGCUGGCGUUUUGUUUACCUCCAAAAGAAGAUCAAAUUAUCGCAACAUGUCGGGAUUUCACGAGAACCCCUUUGUAGAUGCAGUGGAGGUCAAUCCUUUCCAGGUGAGCAAUUUAUUUAGACCUAACUGCAAGCUCUGACUUGCGUUUUCCUUAUGUGCCAUUCUUCUAAACGCUGUAAAAGAUAUGCCGCAACAGAAACCUGUUUGUUUGGUUGCUGGGUUGGGCCUGGGUCUACUUCCUCGUUCAGAUGAGAGAACGUAGCAUGAUUGACAAUGUUGUGUGCCAGUCAUUUUAGUAAAUAUAUUUGGUAGGCCAAUAAGGACACGUGUAAUGUGUCCUAUUAGCCUUUACCUAAGCAGGUUGCUAGGUCCCAUUGACUUGUACAGGCCCCGUAGACUUGUAUAGGCCCAUAGAUGGCUGGCUAUCAACAACUUGUCCUUUUAGCCCCUCAAUUAAAAUUACUACUGGGAGCAAAUUGUUUUAAUAUACUAUUAUCUUCCAUUUAUUGGCCUACACUUGUAAGAAGGUCAGAACGAAUUUCCUACCAAUAAAGAUUGUUAUGCGCCCGUAACAAAUGCACCUGUCAAAAUGACCUGUUCACUAGUGCAGCAACUCUGCCAACUAAGAUAGCCCCCCUGCUAUUCUCACUAUUGUAGUUCUAGCCUAAUGGACUAUCCCCAAUAGGUUUGCCUGGGAUGUUAUACCUGAAAGAACCAACUAUCAGUCAAAUAACCUGAGGGAAGUUGUUAUUUCGUGUCUUUACUGUAAGAAAAUAUAUUGUUGUCUCUGUAAUACAGGAUGCCUCAGUCACACAAAUCACCAGCGGUGGGAUUGAAACCGUUGAGGAAUUCAACCCGUUCUCAGCCAGUGCUAUGGUAAGAUGAGCCAGGAGAAGUGGUGUAAACAUACUUUAAAGUACUACUUAAGUAGUUUUUGGGGGUAUCUGUACUUUACUAUUUAUAUUUUAGACAACUUUUACUUUUACUCCAUUACAUUCCUAAAGAAAAUAAAUGUACUUUUUACUCCAUACUUUUCCCCUGACACCCAAAAGUAGUCGUUACAUUUCGAAUGCUUAGCAGGACAGGACAAUUGUCAAAUUCACACACUUAACAAGAGAACAUCCCUGGUCAUCCCUACUGCCUCUGAUCUGGCAGACUCACUAAACACAUGCUUUGUUUGUAAAUUAUGUCUGAGUGUUGGAGUGUGCCCCUUGGCUAUCUGUAAAUAAACAAGAAAAUCGUGCCGUCUGGUUUGCUUAAUAUAAGUAUAUUUUAGCAAUUACGUUUACUUUUGAUACUUAAGUACAUUUCAAACCAAAUACUUUUAGACUUUUACUCAAGUAGUAUUUUGCUGGGUGACUUUCACUUUUACUUGAGUCAUUUUCUAUUAAGGUAUCUUUUACUUUUACUCAAGUACGACAAUUGGGUACUUUUUCCACCACUGGCCAGGAGGAUAUCACAUGUAUUCAUUCAAUGCAUAUUAAUUUAAUGUUGGCACAGUGACGUAAUCAUCUUCCUGAAAAGAAGCAAAUACAUCUGACAAACAUCCAGAGGAAAUAUGUUGUUAAAGAAUGCUGAUUUGGGAGCGUCUUAUGAUGUGCUUGAGGCUUAAUUUAAUUUCAGACAAGAAUUAAACGUGUGUGUGUGUGUUUCAGGGCACCCACACUGGGACCACCAUCCCCAUCUCUGCUGCCUCCUCCCAACCAGCUGUCCUACAGGCUUCUGCUGUGGAGCCCACCCCACAAGUGAGUGACAGAAACAUGAAUGAGGAGGAGGGAGGUUGGCAGCGUGGUACACGGACAAUUUUAAACACAACAAGAACAUCCUUUUUACUCUAGAUAUUGCUCAAAGAUGAGUACAACACACUCUCGAAUUCGCUGAACUCCUGAGUUGUUUGUGAUGACUUUAAGUGGCUAAGAGAGGCCACAUGUAGGCAAAUCAAUACCACAUGAUGAUUAUUUUGAAUUUAAAUAGACUGGUUAGCUGACAACGUCACGAAACGAUGUGCGCGCUUCAUUUGGGCAGAAGUCAGUGUGUUGUUGUGAUUCUGGAUGGCCAGUUAGCUAGCAAUAAUGACAAGAAACUGCCAUGUGGGGAAUCGUAAGUGGCUCGUUUCAGCUCGUUUCAUCUUGUUCUUGAUACCAUGUCUUGAGGUGUUUUGACUGAUUUCAUGUCAAUGCUAAUAAGGCUAAAAUUAGCUAGCUAGCUAACCAACAACUGAAACAAUGUAUUUGAGAGACAACAAGUGCUCAUUGCGCAAAUGUAUUUAUGUUUUCAAUAAAUAUUGGAGACAAAAUAUAGUUUCCAUGUUGUCAACAGUCGAAGCCAACACUGUCUGUUUUGCCCCAUAGUUGUGCACGCCUCGGUUUUGUUGCUAAACAACCAACCCAUCUAUGAAUUGAUCUGAAUCAGCACAUUGAAACAAAGGUCAGAGAUAACUGGAGAAGCAUCCUUACCUGGUCAUACUAUUCAACGUUUUUUGCAAGGGCCCUGGUUUUGGUCCUACUUUACCUUAAGUGGACAAAGUAGUAUUUACAUAGUACUUUGUAAUGACAGUGUAGUUUAGGUACACAUUCUUCCAAUUCUUCACUUGCAUCAUUUCCAAGUUACCUCACAAUACAGAGAUAAACUAAUUGUUUUAGGGUUAUGGGAGGUUUAGUUUGUUUAACCAAAUGCAUAUGAAAACUCCACCGUGUAAUAAACACAUUGCAAGAGUUGUCAAUAUGGGUAUAAAUGAUCUCUGCAAAUGGGCAGUGUUAUUGUGAAGGAACUUCUUCUUUUUAAAUCUAAUGCCAAUGAAUUAUACCCAUCAACUUGAUGCAUUGCAACCAUUUUGUGCCAGAACACUCCAUCUUGGUUCAAGAUGGUUUGUAACACAGCUCUUUCUCAUUGUCCACCAGGCGACUGCGGCUGCUGCCCAGGCUAACCUGCUCAGGCAACAGGAGGAGCUGGAGAAGAAAGCUGCUGAACUGGAUCGGAAAGAGCAGGAGCUCCAGAACAGGCCUGGAGGCCCCAUUAGUAAGUUACAGAUUAUGUCACUUGAUUAUGUUCAAUUGAAAUCUGUCUUGACCAAAUGAUUAAUACAAUAGUUGGUUAAACUGCCUUUAAAUGGACUCCCUACUGUAGUGUUUUAUCUUUCUAAAUUACCUUGUACUUGUAUUGCUUUGUCUGAUUAUGUACCUAUGUAACUCUUCAUGGCAAUAAACAAGUACGACUCUUUAUUUGACAGCGAAAGAAAACAACUGGCCGCCACUCCCCAAGUUUUGCCCCAUAAAGCCUUGCUUCUACCAGGACUUCAACGAAGACAUCCCUGAAGAGUACCAGAAGAUCUGCAAGAGGAUGUACUACCUUUGGAUGUGUACGUACACCUCGCAUCUUAAAGCUGCAAUAUGUAACUUUUGGGGCAAACCACCAAAUUCACAUAGAAAUGUGAGUUAUAGAUCUGUCACUCAUAAGAAGUGGUAGAUCUGUUCUUUGUGUUCUAUUUCUAUGCUUCCUGUUCUUAAGUUUAGUUUUUGCGUCUUUUACUUUCAGUUUUGUACACCAGCUUCAAACAGCUGAAAAAACAAUAUUUUUGGUUAUGGAAAAUAUAUUUCACAGCGAUUUAGAUGGGACAAUGAUUCUCUACACUAUACUUGUUUUGUCACAAAGACUGAAAUGAGGCGAGCUAUUACAAUUUUUGCAACCAGGGAUUGGCGGAGCGAUUUCUCCAUAUUGCAUCUUUUAAUUGAGUAAGACUUUGUUCACGUUUUUUAUGAUAUUGCAUGCUUGUCAGUGACAACAUUCAACAAACCCAAAGUAGUAGUCAUAAGAGAUUUGUCCCCAAGCUCCUCUCCAACACGGCACCAGUUUCUUCUAGUCUCACAUUCAUUUUGUUUUGCCUCUCCAGUUCACAGUGUCACUCUCUUCCUGAACUUUCUGGCCUGCCUGGCCUACUUCACGGCCGAUCAAAACGCGGGGGUGGACUUUGGCCUGUCCAUCCUCUGGUUCAUCCUCUUCACCCCGGUCUCUUUCAUCUGUUGGUACAGGCCAGUGUACAAAGCCUUCAGGCAAGUUCUUUGCUCAAAUAUUGUUCUACUUUUCUUUGAAUAAAAGUGUUUGUAUAAGUAACGUCCCUCGUGACGACAAAGGUGUUGCUAAAGUCAAAACAGACUGGAACCUCGGCUACUUAACACUGUAGAAUGUCUUAAUGUCUUAACUGCAUUGUUGGUUUAGGGCUUGUAAGUAAGCAUUUCACUGUAAGGUCUACACCUGUUGUAUUCGGCGCAUGUGACAAAUACAAUUUGACUUGAAUUGAUUUGAAUUCCACAUGACCUAAGUCGUUUUCUUGUGAAGUCCAAAUGAUAUUUGCGGGUGAUUUUGUUAACCCUUUGUCCUUGUUUCUUUCUGCAGGUCGGACAGUUCCUUCAGUUUCUUCUUCUUCUUCUUUGUUUUCUUCUUCCAAGUGUCUGUCUACGUGAUCCAGUGUGUGGGGAUCCCCAAGUGGGGGAACAGGUCAGUGGAACAACAUGAUACACUAGUGGGGAUCCCCAAGUGGGGGAACAGGUCAGUGGAACAACAUGAUACACUAGUGGGGAUCCCCAAGUGGGGGAACAGGUCAGUGGAACAACAUGAUACACUAGUGGGGAUCCCCAAGUGGGGGAACAGGUCAGUGGAACAACAUGAUACACUAGAUAGCACCUCAGGGAUUCUUCUUCGUGUGAGUGAGAGAGAUAAAGUGUUUGAUGUGUAUGUAUUUGCGCACACAAGUACAGGUGUGUGUGUGUGUGUGUGUAAUAUGUACUGUGUGUUUGGGUGGGUGUAGGUCUCCCUUCACAUCUUUGUGUGUGAGUGUGUACGUGUGUGUGCAUUCGGUCCUGCAUCUUCUCUCUUGCCAUCUCUUUGACAGAUCUCCUGCUGGCUAAACUGAUGGUGUGCUCUUUGUCCUGGGGGCUACUUUGUAAGUGUGUGGCACUCUGCUCAGCUCUCUUACCUUUUUCACACUAUCGUGUUGAACCAAACCAAAUUGUGUUGGUGCAGCUAUUUUAUUUUCACAUUGUUAUUUUCAACACGAUUCCAGUAACCAGGCCAGCUCAGUCCAGCUUGGUUUGGUUUGGCUUAGUAGUGUGAAAAGCCCUUCUGGCUCCUCAAACCUUUUGGUCUUUCUUCUUUUGUGAAGUAUGCUUCACUGUCCCGUGUCGUCCUCAGUUAUCAUUCUCAUCAACUUUGCCUGUCUGUUGGUCAUCGUGUGGGUUUGUGAGUGUUUGAUACAUUUUUUCUGUCGACAAAGGGUUUUGUAUGCCUCAUUGAUGUUGUGGGGCUAUGGAAUUUUUUUUCUGAAGCUGUAAAUGAGGUGUUAUUUGUCUUGUUUUCCAGUGGAUGGAUCUCGUCCAUCACCAUGAUAAGAAGCAACGUGGCUGUAGCUGUGAUCAUGAUGGUCGUGGCCGGCUGCUUCACUGUGAACGCUGUCCUCGCCAUCAUCCUACUCAAAAUGGUAAAGUCAACUGUCCUUUUGGCUGUCUCAAUCCUUCAAAACCGAUUCAAACUUUAUUGCAAAGUGUUGAGGUCAUUAUGGAUAAUACAUCCACCCACCAAGGUCAAUGCAGCCUGAAAAGGUUCAGAAGGCAAAUAAAUUCCCUUCAAUAAUCCCCUAUUUAUUGACCCUUGACCCUAUUUAUUGACCCCUGCCUUCUCCCCUUUCUCAGGUCCACUCCAAGUACCGUCGGACGGGGGCCAACUUCGCCAAGGCCCAGCAGGAGUUCUCUUCGGGGGUCCUCACCAACCAGACCUUUCAGAGCGCCGCGGCCAGCGCUGCCUCUUCAGCCGCCCAGGGGGCCUUUCAAGGACGCUAG